ACCACAUCCCCAAUCUCAUCCACACCGACACCACAAUCACCAAACACAGGCACUGAGGUAUCGUUGUCUUCAUCCCAGGCGGUUUCUUCGGCUCCCGUCCUUGAACUGCGGGAGUAUCCACGUCGAGUGCUGAAUGGCGAGGUUGUGGAUCCACAACAGAUAAACAGUAUGAAGUUCGAUCAACUGAGCAUGAACAUGGAUGCCAAGUUAAGACUCGCAUCGAAUCGAUAUGAUGUUGGUACGGGCCUUUGGUUAGGUUCACUGUUCAUGAUAAUCUUGGGCACACCCAAUGGAUACCAUCCAUUUUUUCUCGGUCUCAUUCAGUUCCAUACUCGAUCCACUCUGAACAGAGCUUUGCACGCUGGUCGAUGA